AGAAGUCACAUGGAGUUAAAUCCCCAGUUAACACACGAAUUAGAAAAAUAGGUUUUGUUUACAUCAGGAUUGACUUGCCAAGUCAAUCAGUAACUAUCAUUCCUACAAGUCAGUAGGAAAUUAAGUUUAAACAGUCAAAUAAUUCAUCAAUAUACAAGUUUUUUAACAUCAAAACCCCAUUGAUGAUUCAGGAAGAGUAAUGUACAGCUUUACGAGACUAUGUGUCCAAAGGGUAGCUUGCGGAUUGAUAAGACAAGACAAGAGGUUAAAGGGCCACGCCAAGUGGCAAAAUAUCGCGCAUACCAAGGCGUUGAAAGAUGCUGAGAAAUCAACGUUGACUUUAGCUUUUUCGAGGCGCAUCAAAGUUGCUGUUGCCGAGGGUAACAAUAACACCAAACCAAAUGAAAACCCAAGACUAUCUAGCAUACUUGACGAAGCAAAGAAAAAGAAUAUACCAAUGGCAACACUACAUGGUCUGUUAGAAAAGCUGGAAAAGAGCAAAACCAAGAGCCAAACUGAGUUCGUGGACUUCCGCGGGCCUGGAGGCGCAUAUUUCGUAAUAAAAAUUUUGUCCCACAAUGUAGUCGGCGCGAAAAUGACGCUGAACACCUUGUUCAGGAAAUUGAAGUGCAAGCCAAUGGAAGGAAAAUCUAAAGGAACUUUGUUCGAACACGUGGGGUGCAUAAUUACCGAACACAAAGGCACUUUGGACUCUGCUACCGAAGACGCGAUCGCCGUCGGAGCGGAUGACGUUGAGGAGUUAGAGGCUGAUGGGAAAUUUUACCGAUUUGUUUGCGAUCCGUCUGUACUGCCUAAAGUAAAGAACCAACUAGAGGCUCGGGAAUACUCGGUACUGACGGCCGAUGAUGAAAUGGUGCCAAAAAAUACUAUUGAGUUAUCGGAGGACGAUUUGAAGCGAGUAGAUUUUUUGAUGGAAAAACUUAGAGCAAUAGAUGAAAUUGUUUCUAUUGAUCAUAAUAUCCAAUUGCCUGAAGAAGAAGUAGUUGAAAAUAAAAAUUGAUAAUUUUAUGUAAUUAUUUUUAAAGAUUUAUUAAUAAAUAAUUAUUGUUUUA